CAUUCAACAUCGGCUGCUUCAUGUUUUUUUUUGUUCUUUUUAUUUUUAAUAUGAAGCUGGGUGUUGAAUGGUUGUUUUAUUGAAAGUGAAAUAAUGGGCGCAAGAUACACUCAUAAAUAGUUCAAUAUAGACGAUUAAAUCUGGAAGUACAUCGUUUAACAGUUGUGUCUGUGACAAAUCGUCAAUCGCAGAUGAUCAAAAUUGUUCAUGUACAUGCUGUGGCAUUUUGAGAUGUUAUAAUAUUUCUAUUGUUGAUCCCCAAGUCUGCUAGAGGCGUGGAAAAUGGCAUCCAAAGGAAAAAUUAGCGUGAAAAUCGAGGAAGACAUCAGAAUAUCAAUCCACAGACAAAUAGACUUGUUUCUCCAGGACGAAACGCAAGUUGAGUUUGAUUUCCCGGUACAUUUAACAAAUCAACAUCGCGCAUACAUUCACGAGUAUGUGAGGAACAAACGCCUGAAGUCCAGGUCUCAUGGAAAAGGUACCAACAGAUACUUAACGAUAUACAAAACUAGUUUAUCGGAUAUUACCCAUGGCGAUGCUGUGCUAGACUUAACACCCGAAUCGAAUGAUAUUCUAAACGAAAUACAGAAGGAAUGCAGCAUGUUUUGCAAACCCGGCACAAGUUCGACAAAAGGGCACUCUAUUCGAUUGCAUUCCAUCAAUGUUACUUCAUUUCCGCCUUCAGUACCACCAUUUCCGACCAGCUCUGGGGAAAUACUCGCAGCGCGUAAAAGUUUACCUAUUGCCCAGUUCCACGAGAUCAUUUUGAAAUGCAUACAGCAUAAUCAAGUGAUUAUAAUAUCGGGAAACACAGGAUCUGGCAAAACAACGCAAGUUCCUCAGUUUAUCUUGGAAGAAGCUGCGCAACAAAAUCUACCUUGCCGAAUUAUCUGCACACAGCCUAGACGCAUCAGUGCUGUGACAGUGUCGGAACGAGUUUGCGUGGAGCGGAACGAGCAGUUGGGAGACACGGUGGGCUAUCAAAUACGUUUGGAAAGUCGUGUUAAAUCAACCACCAAUGCAUUAUUCUGCACCAACGGUGUAUUGCUUCGCUGUUUAAUGGGAAAGCAUAGUUCUAAAUUUCUGAAGAACGUCACACACAUAAUCAUCGAUGAAGUUCACGAGAGAGAUCAAUAUUCGGAUUUUCUACUGAUUGCGUUGAAAGAUAAAUUGUCCCAAAAUGCCCACCUGAAAAUUAUCCUAAUGUCUGCCACCAUAGAGUCGGACACGUUUUCGAAAUAUUUUAACAACUGUCCAGUCAUUGAGAUACCGGGCAGAUUGUUUCCCAUAGAAACAUUUUUCCUUGAGGAUAUUUUGUUAAACGUCGACACAUCCAACCACAAUGUAAAAGAUAUUCGAAAAAAGAUGAUGAAAAGUUUCGAAGCGCAAGCCGUAGAGAGGACAAAACCGAUAACUGUAAAUAUGGACGAUGAAACCAUAUUACUGAUGAACGAUAUACUGGAAGUUUGCUGGAUCGAAAACAAUCCCGACGAUUUUCGUAACUUUUUUAUGCUAAUCGAAGAAGAAAACAUUUCCAUAGAUUUUCAACACACGGAAACCAAAAUGACUGCAUUGAUGAUCGCAGCGGCGAAAGGUUACAUUGCAAUCGUGCAAAAGCUGUUGGAGAUGGGAGCUGACCCUAGCAUACAGGAGAAGCAUAAUUACAACGCAUUCGACUGGGCUUGCUUCGUGCAUGGUAACAGCACGUGCUCCGAUAUUCUUAAACAAGCCAUUAACAAAUCGGGUUUAUCAGUUCCACGCACUAUGCCAUUGACGCCGCACAGCACAAAACAAAUACUGGACGCAUAUCAUACCUCAGUCGGAGACGAUAGGAUCGAUCAUAACUUGAUUAUUGAUGUAAUUCUACAUAUAUGCAGAAAACAUCCGGAAGGAGGCAUACUAGUGUUUCUGCCCGGCUUCGAAGAUAUACAAGAACAAUACGGGCUGUUAAACAGCAAAGUAUCGAACAUCCACUGCAUAAGAAUGUUCAUGUUGCACAGUAAAAUGCAAACAGCAGACCAGCAUUCUGUGUUCAAGCCUGUGCCUUCGGGGGUGCGCAAAAUAAUCCUUUCUACAAAUAUUGCCGAAACAUCAAUCACGAUGGAUGAUGUGGUAUACGUGAUAGAUAGUGGAAAGGUGAAACAGAAAUAUUACGACUCGCUUACAUCUACCAGUUCGCUAGCUGCCACGUGGAUCUCGCAAGCGUGCGCCACACAACGCGCUGGUCGGGCAGGACGCACCAGACCCGGCACUUGCUUCCGAUUAUACAGUCGAAUGCGACACAGUGAAAUGGAUCAGUACACACUGCCGGAAAUAAUGCGAGUCCCGCUCACGGAAAUAUGUCUGCAAACUGCUUUGAUUAUAAAAGAUGAGUCAAUACAGGAGUUUCUAAACAAAGCAAUAACAGCACCGUCAACAACCAGUAUCAAACAAAGCAUAAAAUACCUUCAAAAGGUAGGCGCUUUGGAUGAUGAGGAGAGCGUAACCGAUCUGGGUUACACGCUAGCAGAGCUACCGGUAGAUGCGAGGCUGGGGAAAAUGCUGCUUUACGGAAUACUGCUGAAAUGCUAUGAGCCCGUGUUGCUGGUUGUUUGUAUAUUGAGCAUCAACGAUCUCUUCGUGAUACCUCCCUUUCCAGGCGAUAAAGAAAGGGCAAAAAAAGUUCGGCAAGAUUUAGCGGAGAAUUCGUACAGCGAUUGCUACUGUUUGCUUCGUGCUUACCAACGAUGGUUAGAUGCUCGGUCUGUUCAAAAGCGCAAAGAAUUGUGCAAUCGACUGUUCUUAAACCACGGUAAGCUAACGAUGGUAAGUGAGUUGCGCAACAAGCUUCAUGCACAUUUAUGCUCCAUCGGAGUCGUGAAAUCGUACGGACCGGGAAGUGUAAAAGACUUGAAUGAGUUUGCCAACAACUGGAGCCUCGUAAAAGGGAUAUUGCUUGUGGGGUUGUAUCCUAACGUGAGUUAUUUGGAAAAGUAUUCCAAAACAAUGAAAACACGGUUCGAAAAGAAGAUUUUUAUCCACCCGUCUUCGGUGGUCGGUGGCAAAGCUUCCAAAAAACAAAAAACUACGGACAAUGCCCUUUGCUUGCCGAGUGAAUGGAUAACGUUUGAGGAAAAAUGUAAAUCGGGUAGAGGGUCCAUGAUACGAUGCAAUACAGUGAUAUCACCAAUAACGAUCGCUAUCUUUGCCGGACCUUUGUCGUUAGAUGAUACGGAAUGCAUAACUAAGAGUGACGCUAUGGAGCAAGAUCACUGCCGAAUAGCAGUAGAUGAUUGGAUAAAUUUAAUGGCAAAAGAAUCUGUGGCUAAAUCAGUGCUGCACACCCGAAGGAUGGUGCACGGGUUGUUUCUUAAGUUUAUCGAAAAUCCUAGAAUCCAUCAAUCCGACUCGAACGAACGCAAGCUGUUAGAUGCGUUGGGCAAAGUACUAGCAAUAGAGGAUCAUACAAUUGAUGUAACGAACCAGUUAGAGUAUUUCACAAAAAAUGAUAAGCAAAAAGAACAACACCAUCCCAGGCAUUACAGAAGAAGAGAACAUUACAACAGGUUUUAAACCCAAUUUACAUCAUGUUACUUUACAUUUAUGCAAUAAAAUUAAUUUCAGCCAGUG